CACGCGGAGGCACGCUCCGGGCAGGCGGGCGAGAGCUCGCGCGCGCGCUCCCGCCGCCCUUCUACGGUGACGUGCCUGGCCGAGGCCGCGCUAGGGCGCUGGAGCUGCUACGGAGCGGCUGUCAUGGCGUCGGAGGCGCUAGCUGAGGAGAGCCGGCCGCGGUGUCUAUAGGACCAGGGGCGGGCGGCCGGGGAUGGAGAACAGCCCUGACAGCCCACAGCCUCUGGAACUUGGGGUGGCGGCCGGGCGAGUGUCGCCGCCGGAAGGGCGACGGCGCGGCGGGAGCGAGGCUGAGGAUGGUCCGGCUGGACGCGCGGUGGACAGCGGCGGGCAGGGGGCGGUGGCAGCGCAGAGCAGCCUCGGGGACCCGACGUCCCCUUCGCAGCAAGGAUGCAGCGCGGGUUCGGACUUGAAGGACAGCGCGUCGUCGAGCCCUGCCGCCCCGGAGGCGCCUUCAAGAGGGCAGCACAAGGUGACCGCCUCCCCGGAGCUGGCCGAGGCCGCAGCGGGCGGAGGGUCGGGGCCAGUGGGCGACACGGGCACCUGCAGGGUGGAGCAGGCGGCGGAGGAGCCCAGCAGCACCGGCGCCCUGAGCAGCAGCUGCAGCGAGCCGAGCCCCCCUGGGGACUCGCCUAGCUUGGACUCCCUGGAGUCUUUCUCCAACCUGCAUUCUUUCCCCAGUAGCUCUGAGUUCAAUAGUGAGGAGGGAGCAGAGACGAGGGUCCCCGAGGACGUGGAGGAGGGCGCGGCGGGGCCGCCCAGGGCUGCACCUCUGUGCAAAGAGGAGGAGGAGGACCCGGCUCAGGUGCUGGCGGCCUCCAAAGAACGCUUUCCCGGACAGUCAGUGUAUCACAUCAAAUGGAUCCAGUGGAAACAGGAGAACACGCCCAUCAUCACCCAGAAUGAGAAUGGACCCUGCCCUUUGCUGGCCAUCCUCAAUGUUUUGCUUCUCGCCUGGAAGGUGAAACUUCCACCAAUGAUGGAAAUCAUAACUGCGGAGCAGCUGAUGGAAUAUUUAGGUGAUUACAUGCUUGAAGCAAAGCCAAAAGAAAUCUCAGAAAUUCAACGUGUAAAUUAUGAACAGAAUAUGAGCGAUGCUAUGGCAAUCUUGCACAAACUGCAGACAGGCCUGGACGUAAACGUCAGGUUCACUGGGGUACGAGUUUUCGAGUACACACCAGAGUGCAUAGUCUUUGAUCUUCUAGAUAUUCCUUUGUAUCAUGGGUGGUUAGUGGACCCUCAGAUUGAUGACAUUGUAAAAGCUGUUGGCAACUGCAGCUACAACCAGCUGGUAGAGAAGAUCAUCUCCUGUAAGCAGUCAGACAACAGCCAGUUGGUUAGCGAAGUACACAUUGGUUCCAUAGGCUUUGUAGCUGAGCAGUUUCUAAACAAUACAGCCACUCAACUGACGUACCAUGGAUUAUGUGAACUGACUUCAACGGUUCAGGAAGGAGAACUCUGUGUGUUCUUUCGGAAUAAUCAUUUUAGCACCAUGACAAAAUACAAGGGUCAACUGUAUUUGUUGGUAACAGACCAGGGGUUUCUUACUGAAGAAAAAAUUGUCUGGGAAAGCCUCCACAAUGUAGAUGGUGAUGGAAACUUCUGUGACUCAGAAUUCCACCUUCGGCCUCCUUCAGAUCCUGAGACUGUAUACAAAGGUCAACAAGACCAAAUAGAUCAGGACUACCUUAUGGCACUGUCACUGCAACAAGAACAGCAGAGCCAAGAGAUCAAUUGGGAGCAAAUCCCAGAAGGAAUCAGUGACUUAGAGCUGGCAAAGAAACUCCAGGAAGAGGAAGACCGACGGGCCUCUCAGUACUACCAGGAGCAGGAGCAGGCUCAGGCUGCUGUGGCUACCACCACCCCUUCCACACAGACCCAGCAGGGCCAGCCAGCACAAGCCUCUCCAUCAAGUAUAAAACAACCUGGGAAUAGUGAACGGAAACGCAAGGAACCUCGGGAAAAAGACAAAGAGAAAGAAAAGGAAAAAAAUAGCUGCGUGAUUUUGUAGGGAUUGCUGGCUUCUGUGGGAACUACCUAUGCAGAUGACGGAAAGGAAGACCCAGUACCUACCGUCUGUGCCUGAUCUCCCAAUGGAUUUUGCUCAUGUUUUCCAGGGGAAGGUUAUUACUUUGUUACAAUCAACUUUUUUAAGUUACACAAUACACUCUUUAUGAGCUGGAGUUUUAUGUUACAAGUUGGAACUGUUGUGUGUUGUCACUCAUAGCCAAAUGAGUGUAUCACUCCUAUUUUGGGUCUAGUGACAUUGCAACUCCAAUCAGUAAGCUACUGUGUCCUGUGUGACAAUGGAUGGAGGUCACUGAAUGAGUUUGAUCCUUCUCAGUUAUUAGCACAACUAUUUCUGAAACUUCACAUUGUUAAAUUAUGUUCUAAUCCAUGAGAAAUGAGGAGUUUAAUAUAGGGGAGGGGAAAGCAGGAAUUAUGACCUUUCGUUGUACACUGAACUGGUUCAGCCCUUGAACAGCUUCACCUUUCUUUAGCAAUGUACAUUUUAGCUAUUACCUUGAGAGCUGAUAAUGGAGAUUGGAUCCAAUUUAGAUAGAAAAAAAUAUUUUUUAUUUUCCAAUAGCAAAAAAAAAAAAAAACAAAAAAAAAAAACAUGACACUAAUACUUAUAACCUAUCCAGAUGAGAUACUGACUUUGUAGUGCUGUGAGAGGUUGAGGAAUCUCCACACCUCAGAGCCUGAGUGGGGCUUCUGUUUGAUAAGGAUGGAAUACAAGCGUGAGGAGAAAACCACACUCAGGUUCAGCCUUGUAAAUAUGAGGACAGAGAAGAGCAGAGUUCACUGUCUACCUUUUUCUAGAAUUACCUUGAACCUUAAAUUUUAAAUCAUGUUUAUUGCUAGAAAAUUAAGCAUAGUUAUUUAAACCAGUAAAAAGCACAUUUCUGAAGGAGAGUUAAUCUCUUGACUCUAAUGAAAAGAUAUUAAUAAAAUUCUAAACAUAGGUAGGACUCUGAAAGAAUCUAUGUAAAAGCAAUCAGAUUUUUUAACUUAUGAGAACCAAAUAAACCUAAGACAUCUUACAUCAUUUAUAGGAUUCUGAAAGAAUAUUUACUCAGCUUUGUGAUGAGGCAGCACAUAUUGUAUUUCUAGAUACAAUUUGGAAAACUAUCCCUAACAUGCUUUUUUAUAUACUUUGUAUUUAGAGUUUGUUUCGGUCAUUUUUGAAGAUUAUUACCAGUGCACGUAGCUCUGUGAUUUAUCCUAAACCUCAGUACAUUUUAUUCAGGAGCAUCACAGAUUGAGCUUCCAGUUAGAGAAUAUUUCUUGUGGUCUGGAGGCAAUACAAGGAAACAGUCUAGAGUUUAAGCCUGUUGUCAUUGAUGCUCUCCAUGACCCCAGACAAGCUGUAGGCCGAAUAGAUCUGUGAAAAUAGAAUUUAUUUAUGAAAAGUAUUCUUCUAAAAGGAAAAAAAACCUUCAGGGCCAUGCUGUAUCCUUUCUGUUCUUCUAUAUUACAUGUCUAUUUAUGCCCUUUGUUGUUUCUUCAGAUUUUCUAUACUAGCAUGGGGACUUAUCAGAGAACCUGCCUGGGGUAUGAAAUUUGUGUAUAAAAUACCUGGUAAGUCUCUUGAUUCCAACCCAGAAUGAGUACGAACUAUCAGAGAUCUGGCCCCUUUGUGUGGACUGAGCUCAGCAUAAACACCAUAAUCAUGCUCUGCUGGUUGGAGGAGAAAGCUCAAACCUCAGAGUCUGCUUUUCCCAGAACUGUCUAAUAUUUUAAUUUAGAGUUUAUUGUUUAAUAAACCUUGAGUAAUUUUUAAAAGUAUGCUUGAGGCAUAUUUUUCCAUAAUUAUAUUACAGUAUCUAGUCAUUGCCCUUGAAGAAUCUAUAUAUAAAAGUUAUGUUAUUUUUUACUAUCUUAUUUUUUCCAAAGAUAAUACUGCCAAUACUGUGUUCCUUUUAGAAGAAGAAAAAAGAAAAGAACAAAACAAAACAAACACAGACAACUCACUGAAAACAUCACCACUGCUGUCAGGAGUCAAUGUGUACUUAAAAUCAGCAAAGCACUGUGUUUGUUAAUCCAGCCUGUUCUUAUGUGAGGUUUCCAAGUUGGGCUUGCCUACAUUCCUGGAAUUCAGUUUGAUAUGACAUAGUCAUAUCAAACUUAUUACGAUGUUUGUUUUGAUUACUGUGGGAGAGGUUAAAUGUUUGAUUCUAUUAAAACAAAGUUCUGAGAUAUGCUUUCCUGUCCAUGAAGCUUGUCAAGGUUCUAAACUGCCAUGUAUUUAUUUCCUAUGUUUUGCUCAAGGUAACAAGUGAUAUUCAGGCAUAUUAGUGCUUAUUUGGGUAAAUAGUACUUUGAAAAUGGUAUUUUGAGGGAUUUUUUUCCCUUAAAUACUUAGUAAUACUUGACAUUGUUGUACACACACACACACACACACUGCUAACAGAUGUUACAAUGUAAACAUUUUGGAACUUAAUGACUGUAAGCUUAAUUUCCGGCACAUUUGAUUCGUGUGCCAGUGCAGCAGGAGGGCUAACAGAAGGCAGUGGAGGAGGAUGGUCCCUGGCACUCUCUCUUACUUUCAGAGCAUAGUCUUAAGGUUAGAGACAAGUCUGUAUUGAUGUGCACCUCUUCAUGAAUAACUCUGUUGUGUCAACAGUGCUAUGACGUGUACUAGUUUAUCAGUACCUAGAAUCAUGUGUAUGUUUCUGAAGUAGAUUUCCAUGACUUCUGUUUAGGUCUCAAAGCAAUCUGAAAACUAUCAGAUUUAAAGGUUGUGAAUAUUUAGAAAUAUUCACACACACCUACCUGGACUAGGAGUAUCACCAAGUGAUACAGCAUUUGCCUGCAGUACACAAGACCCUGGGUUCAAUUCCUAGUAGGUGUAUGUAGACACACUGGCAGCUAAGCAUCGGCCUUAUGCCCAGUCAGUGUGGUUGAGUAAAAUAACUUCCUUCAUGUUUCAAGGUCAGGCUAGGAUUUGAGCAAGUCAGAGGCUUAAAUUUGGAAUUAGGUUUUGUGUGUGUGUGUGUGUGUGUGUGUGUGUGUGUGUGUGUGUGUGUGUGUGUAAAUAUAUAUAUAUAUAUACUUGUUCUUAUUGCUUCCUUUUUCUGUAGUUUAACAAUUUACCACAUAGUAUGGUUUGAAUUCUUUCUCAUGCUCCUUGAUCUUGUUACCUAAGCAAGUUAAUGUCAGAUAUUAGUUGACUAAACUCAGUGUUAGCCAUUCUGUACUUUCAUAAAAGCUUUAUAGCAUUUUGCUUUCCAUAAAUCAUAAACUCACUUCAGACCUUGAGGACCAGAGAGCAUAUGUGAGGGAAAGGUAUGACUUGUGAUCACUGUCCAUGUUGUCAUGUGAACGAAUGUUUGUAAAAUCCUACCAAAUUAAGGCAAGAAUUUCUAGAACUGUCCUCAGUCUUGCUUAAAUUUUUAGACAUGGCUUGCUAUAUAUAGCCAGGCUGGCUUGGAAUCAAGUGUUGUAGCCCUGGCUACCUUCAAACCCAGAAUCCUCCUGGUUCAGCUUCUCACUGCCACUAUUACAGGCAUGUGUCACCAUACUUGUUGCUAUCACCAGCUUGUCGAAACUUCCUUUAGAAAAGCAAACAGCAAACUGAUUACAUGUUGCUUUCUGAUUCAUUGUACCAUAUAAUCUUUUUUGACAAAAAGCUUACAGGCUUGUACCUAACAUUGUCCUAAACAUAUAAUUUAAAUUGAAAAAUUAAUGUUUGACAAAGUAAAGCAGAGACAUUGAAGAUAGUCAUUCUCUUAUAGUUUAAUGAAUUAGACAUGUGAAAUUCUGACUCAUUUGGUGUUUGAAACCUGACUGUACCAGGGCACGGUGAUACAUACCGGUCAUCCCAUCUGUGAGGCUGAAGCAGGAGGAGUCAAAGUUCAAGGUUACUCUGAGCAAAUAUUAAGACCCUGAUUCCAAAAACAACCCAGACGAUGUCUUGUUUUGGCAAUCGUGUGUGCCUCCGUUUACUCUAUGUGCAGGGUGCUGCUCUUCCCCUCCGCACCCCCAGUGCUUGCUUCUCCUGAGCAAAUGCCAUCCUUUCGCACUGAGAAUCACUGAGGUCGUCAGAUACUGCACAGUCUCUGUUCUCGAAUGUGUAGACUUUUCAUGAUGACUUAAAUCAGUUUUUUUUUUAAUUUUGUUAGAAUGUGUAGAGUUCUUUUGAAUGUGGCAUCAUGGCUUUCAAAAAUAUAUUUUGCAGUUGCUUCUGUAUUCUGUAGGUUAGUGUCAAGACCAGGAGUAUUUGGGGACAGAAAAUGCACUUUUCAAAUCUGUCUUCCCAGUGUCCUCUACAGAUGCAGCUUUUAGAGCCCUUUGGUCAGUCCCUCCAGGGUAGAGCAGUGUCAGGAACUUUGCACUCCCCACUGCUGUCAGUGUAGACAACUAGUGUAAAAAUGAACUCUGAUCUUGUGCAAGUCAGAUCCUUUAGACAGCAAGUAAGAAACCGUAAAGGAUCAUGUGUGAACCGUAACAUCUGUAGUUGUCUGAUAAGUCAGCAUUCUUCUGUUACUGAUGCCUGACCCUUUUUAAACUGUUAAAGGGAAGAAUUGACUUUACUUUUCUUAGGUAACAGUUUAAAAUAACUUUAAAUUAAAAGCUCCCUAAAGGGAAUAAAUUACCGAGAAGAAAAAACAGGAGGAAACCUUGCAGGAUGCUGAAAAACUUACUUUGAAAAUCUAUCUAAAAUUUAAUUCAUGCAUGUCUUUACUUAAUUCUGGUGUUUCUGCUCUUAGGAUAUAGAGCUUAACAUUAAUAUAGGCAUAUUUUUUUACAUGUAGAAUUCUAGUUUCUAUCUUCUGAACUCAAGAGAGCUAAACUCAACAAACAGGGUAAAAAAAAAAAAAACAAACUUCAACCCUUGCCUCAAAUUCAAUGGUCCUUUGUCCUGACAAAAGUUAGACUUGUCUAAUAAGCUGGUAUUUUUAGGGCACGAUACCCUCCCAGUACUACUUAAACCACCAUGGCAGAGAUAGGAAAGGAAGCUGUGCCCCAUGGUAGUAAGGAACAAAAGCCUCCUUGUCCCACAAAGUGUCUACUGUAUCUAGCAUGACUUGUAAAGACUUCCUCAGCUCACAUCAUAAUUUGUUACUGGUCACCUUUUAACUGUUCUGUCCACCUGUACUGUCACAUCUGGAGGAGCAAGGUAGCCCUGUAAGUAAAGGAUGCACAGAACAGAGCCCCCUGGUAGGCAGCACUCACUCCUUUGGCUCCAGUAGUCAUUUUACAUCUCUAUGUGCAAAGACAGGAAGCUCAGGUGCCCUCUAGAAAUCAUGAACCGCUGAUGACACCCUACCAGAAAUGCCCCAGGACGCAGCUCCAACUCAUGCAAUGAGUUUUAAAACAGACUGGUGUUUAGUCUUUGAAAAUGAUGUUUGGUUUGUCAGAAUGUUUGUUGCUGUUCAUCCCACCCAUUCUUUGUAUGACAUACCACUGUGACAGGGUGCAGUGUCUCUUCACUUUUGUUAAGACUUAUUUUCCUCAAUAAAAUGACAGCUGUCAUCACAGAUCCACAUAAGACCAGACAACAGAAGAGUGCUGUGUGACUGCAGAAUGGUGGGACUGGUGGGAUAGAUAAUCUGCAGGCAGCUCAGCUCCUGAUGCCAGCACAGUUGUUUGACUCUCAUCCUUGACUUGGGCUGAAUAACGAGGUUGAAACGUGGACUGGGAGGGCAGCCAGCUAUGGACUGCUGGCUGAGCUGUCAUUUUGAACAGUUUUAACAAAGGAAACAGGUUGUCUUCCCCACUUUACUGACACAUGGAGCUAUGUGCUGUCUGAAAUGGGCUCUCAGAAUUGACCAUGGGGACUGAGCGCCUCUACUCAUGUUUCCUGUCUGUCCUAGCAUUCUUUCUACAUCUAAGAAUUCAUUCUUUUGCUUUCAAUGCAAGCAAAGAGUGAGGAGUAGGGAGGAUGACAUAGAAGCAGGAGACUAUGCUCUGUGAAGAGAGACACCUAACACGCACCUACCCUCACAGGCUCAAAUGACCUCUGUGAAGUAUAAUUAUACUAAGAGCACCUCUAAAAAUUAUGUCUUAAAUUUCAAGUUUCACUCUUGCAAACUACUCCUGAAAAGACAUUGAAUAUAGGUGGGAAAGUAUAAAAUGUUCCUGACAUAAUGGUUCAGUAUUACUCAGUGUUUAAUCUCAAAUUCGUUGUAACACAAGUGUAGUGUCAUCGUUGGAGUAAAACGUUGGAUGUUUUUGUUAAUAUACUUAAAACUGUAACCAGUGAAUAACACCGUAGUAUUUUUUAUUAUAGAUUAUAUUUUAUUUCAAUAAACUUUGAUAUUUAGA